UUUGUUCCUCCACAAAGACGUUCCAGCUUUAUCUCCUGACACGGCGCGUCUUCUGCCUCCUUUUGCUUUGUGUUCCAUUUGCUCACAUUUUCCACUCUGGUUCUGGUUCAGGCAAGCGCUCCUUUCUCCUUGGCGUGUUUUUUUUUCGUGUGCGUGUAUUGAUUCCACCCCCUGGAUUAGCUGUGACCUGCUGGUGACUUGAGUCUCUCUGUUGCUGUUAUGGCUGCCGGGGUUGUGGGCUGCCCUGGGGGCUGUUAGCCAGCAGCUGCUCCUCUCUCCCCCAGCUGAAGGCUACUCUUUCCCCCAAAGUGGUCAUGCUGCCCUCGGCCUCUGUCAGCGCCAUCCACCUUGCCCCACGGCAGCUUGGGUCGUUGUUGCUGUGGCAACCAGGGAGGCUGGCUCGUGGGGCGUCCGGGGGAAUCCGUGGGCUGUCCUGCCCCCCACUCCCGCCUCCUCUCCACUCCUCCUCCACCUCCACCUCCUCCUCCUCCUCCUCAGCCUGUCCAAUGCUUGAGCUGAUGACGAUGAAGGCAGGGAGGAGGAGUCAGCAAUGUGGAGGCUCCUCUACAGAAGUGCAUCAGCAACAGCAGCAGCACCAGAAGCACACACAUCAUCAUCAUCAUCAUCGGCAGCAGCAGCAGUGGCCUGGCCUUUUCCGCUGCAAUAAGAGUCCCCCUGGGCACCGACUUGGUCUCAGCCUCCUCAGCAGCCUGUGCGUUAGCUCCGCUCCUCCUCCUCGUCCCCCUCUUCCUCCUCCUCUUUUUCCUCCUCCCCUCUGCCCAUCCCUGUGCCGCUCGUUCUGCAGCAGUGGCUCUCUAGGCGCCGGCCGGCACAGUACCAGCGGGAACAUGUCUGCCUCCGGGAGCGACUCCCCGGCCUCGGGGAAGAGCAAGACCAAAUCGCCCGUCCGCAAGCGGGGCAGCUUACAGAGCAACACCAGCCCCGAUCUCCGUGGUGCGUCUGGCCCCAAGCCCCUGACAUCCCAGCGCUCUCUGCCGGGCACCCCCGUGACUCUCAAGCACUUCCCUGACCUGCCGUACCUCCAUGGACGGCAAAUACAAAGAGAUUGCCGAGGAGCUGUUCUCGCGCAGCCUGGCGGACAGUGAGAUGCGCAGCGCUCCAUAUGAGUUCCCCGAGGACAGCCCCAUCGAGCAGCUAGAGGAGAAACGACACCGCCUGGAGCGGCAGAUCAGCCAGGAUGUCAAGCUUGAGCCAGAGAUCUUGGUACGUGCCAAACAGGACUUCAUGAAAAUUGACAGCGCUGCUGACCUGGAGUUCCUGAAGGAGCAGAGCAUGGUGGACGUGGACCACUGUCUCAAGAAGCGUGACGUGGGGGUGGAGCGCGAGUACCAGCGCGUCUCCAUAUCGGGAGAGGAGAAGUGCGGGGUUCCCUUUACAGACCUGGUGGACGCAGCCAAGUGUGUGGUGAAGGCGCUGUUCAUCCGGGAGAAGUACAUGGCCCUGUCCAUGCAGAGCUUCUGUAAGACCACAGCGCGGGCGCUGCAGGAGCUGGGGGAGAAGCCCAUGGAGCUGCGCGUCUACGAGGAGAUCCCAGAGACCCCCGUGGACGCAGAUGCCCCAGUGCAUCCCCCUGUCUCUUUGACGCACCCUUAUGAAGGCCAGGACCCCAAGAACAUGCCCUCAGACAUGGGCUACGGCUGUAAGAUGGUGAACGGAAUCAUCCAUGUCUACACCAAGAAGAACAACAUGGACAAGAGCACUGAGCUGGACCUGCCAUACACCGACCUGAAGGAGUACAUCGCAGACAUGAACAUGAUGAUGGCCCUCAUCAUCAAUGGCCCUGUGAAGUCCUUUUGCUACCGGCGCCUGCAGUACCUGAGUUCAAAGUUCCAGAUGCACAUCCUGCUGAACGAGAUGAAGGAGCUGGCCGCCCAGAAGCAGGUCCCCCACCGGGACUUCUACAACAUCCGCAAGGUGGACACCCACAUCCACGCAUCCUCCUGCAUGAACCAGAAGCACCUCCUGCGCUUCAUCAAGCGGGCCAUGAAGAAGUACCCCCGGGAGAUCGUGCACAUCGAGCGCGGCCGCGGACAGACCCUCAUGGAGGUGUUCGAAACCAUGAACCUCACAGCCUUUGACCUCAGUGUCGACACCCUGGACAUGCAUGCUGACCGUAACACGUUCCACCGCUUCGACAAGUUCAAUGCCAAAUACAACCCUAUCGGAGAGUCCAUCCUGCGUGAAAUCUUCAUCAAGACAGACAACCACAUCGAGGGGAAGUACUUUGCCCACAUCAUUAAGGAGGUGAUGGCCGACCUGGAGGAGAGUAAGUACCAGAACGUGGAGCUGCGCCUGUCCAUCUAUGGGCGCUGCCGCGACGAGUGGGACAAUCUGGCCAAGUGGGCCGUCAAGCACUCCGUCUACUCCGACAACGUGCGCUGGCUCGUCCAGGUGCCACGCCUCUUUGACGUUUACCACACUAAGAAACAGCUGGCCAACUUCGAGGAGAUGCUGGAGAACAUCUUCAUGCCCCUAUUUGAGGUCACUGUGGAUCCGCGCAGCCACCCGGAACUCCACCUCUUCCUCCAGCACCUGGUAGGCUUUGACAGUGUGGACGACGAAUCCAAGCCGGAGCAGCACAUCUUCAACCUGGACAGUCCUCUGCCCGCCAACUGGACGGAGGAGAGCAACCCACCCUACUCCUACUACCUCUACUACAUGUAUGCCAACAUGACCGUGCUCAACCACCUGCGCAGGAGGCGGGGCUUCCACACACUUGUGUUGCGACCGCAUUGUGGGGAGGCGGGGCCUAUCCACCACCUGGUGUCGGGUUUCUUGCUGUCUCAGAACAUCUCCCACGGACUGCUGCUGAGGAAGGCUCCAGUGCUGCAGUACCUGUACUACUUGGCCCAGAUUGGUAUCGCUAUGUCACCGCUUAGCAACAACAGUCUGUUCCUUAGUUACCACCGCAACCCCCUGCCCGAGUAUCUGUCCCGUGGACUCAUGGUCUCUCUGUCCACAGAUGACCCCUUACAGUUCCACUUCACCAAGGAGCCCCUGAUGGAGGAGUACAGCAUUGCCGCCCAGGUGUGGAAGCUCAGCUCCUGCGACAUGUGUGAGCUGUCCAGAAACAGUGUCCUCAUGAGCGGGUUCUCCCACAAAACUAAGAGCUACUGGCUGGGACCAGGCUACAACCAUGAGGGCCCGGAGAGCAACGACAUCCGCCGUACCAACGUGCCGGACAUCCGCGUGGCCUACCGACACGAGACGCUGAACGAGGAGCUGCACCUCAUCACACACGCCGUGCGCACGCAAGAGGCGUCCAAUCUUCUGGACGAGGCGGAAGAGGAGGACACGCUCUCCAUGGCCUCGUUCCCAGGGCAACGGCAGCAGACCAUCACCACGCAGCAGAAGCACUGAUCGCCAGGUCCAAAACGCUGUCCCUCCCUCCCUCCCUCCCUUCACUCUCUCUCUGUCUCUCUCCCUCUCUUUCUCUGCAUCUUGCUCUGUUUCCAGCAUGAGUCACAAAGGGGGGAGGAGGAGGAGGAGGAAGAGGAGACGUAACCUUUAUUACCGGUCUCCUGUCUCCUCUUGCACCCUUAGCUGCUUGAGUCCCAAAAAAUGAAGCCAAGGAAUUGGGGAAAAAAAGAAAAAAAAAUCUGCAGGGUCCCCGCUAUAUCACGGCUAUUUUUCGUUUUUAGUGGAUUGCCAUUUGGUAACCAGUACGCCCCCUAAGCAGUGUUUUCCCCAAUACCGCAUUUGGAUGCUUCCCCUUAUGCUUUUGUUUUUAAACUAGUAUGCGGCUCUUGCCUCAUCUCUCCGAUUAUAGCCUCUUCACUGUGAUGCAUUUUUUACCAUAUGAUCACAUGGUAUAAGUUAUCAAUGUCCUUCAGUAUGCCAUUUCUCUGUCAUGUGUGCUUCUACAUCAACGAGAUGCUUAGGGGACAAAUGCUUAUUGUUGGUCAUUUGGAUUUGAAGACCCACCCGCAGUGACCAAUUUUCCUGUCAUGUGAUGGCUGCAUGUAAAGGUCUUGACCAAUCAGAUCAACCAUUUUGUUUUUUCAUCACUAGCCCCCAAGCGCUGCAAGCUGUCCCUAUCCCCUAGUCAUGCUGCCUUAUGAAAACUGACACUACCUUCAUCUUCCAUGUUCAGUAGCAACUACAAAGUAGAAUCAUUCAGCAAAGUCAAUAUCGGCUGCCUUAUACAACGCACACAGAAACACGACUAACCCAACAUGACCCAUCCACCCACACAUUUUAACUCGACGCACAUAAGCAGGAAUUUAAACACACUCAAACACGCACACAUACACACUCUGUGUCACACAACAGACAUGUUUAAGAAAGAAAUGGACAAAAGUUCCACAAAAGUGUGAAACUGUCCCUUCAGGAGGACCACAGGGACACUGCUCACAGGUCUCAAACUGCAUGUUCCCUGUACUCACGAGACUUUAAG